AUUAGAAGUUGGUUGAUCUUUAAGGAGAAAGUGUAUGGCUCUUGGUGCACCAAUAUCGUUUAAAUCUUGUGAAUAUUAUGUAGCUAAAUGCGAAAUAUUUAUCGCAGGGGCAUGAUACAAGAAGUCGUCUUAUCUCUCGUUCUGUCUAUAUAACUCUAUCACGAUUUACCUUUUAACUUCUCACUAAGUCACAAUGAGACAACUGUUGGUGAUAGUCCUAGCUGUCGGGGCUUUGGCACUUGUUAUUGCUGAGAGAUGCAGUCACGUGGAUUCUUGUAAAGUGACUCUCUGUCCAAAUAAUUCCACGCACCUGUCCUGUCAUAGCGGUCGUUGUACAUGUGACGCUUCACAGACAUGCAGCGAUAUACUGGACUGUGCAGCCAUUGGUCGUUGUCAUGACAGCAAGUACCAUUAUCACUGCGUGGAGACUGUGUGCAAAUGUAUCCCCGACUACAUUGGAAAAUAAAUAC